AUGCACGCAACGCUGGUACCUGUGCAUCCUACUACUCCUUGGCGCAACUCCAUCCAUUGCAAAGUCAUCGGGAAGCCUUCGAUCUUUAUCGACUUCGGCCCAUUGAUCGCCAGGUUCAAGGCUUCCUCUUACAACUGGUCCGGCAACCGUUCAACGGAUAUGCCUAAGACAAACGAAAACCGCUCCCCCAAGCCACACAAGUCCUCCAACACUCGAGCCAGUCCGAACCUUGCAGUGAGACAAGCACCAGGAACCAAAAGCCACAGGUCCGCGCCAUCUCGGACCGAAAACAACGGGGGAGGAAGCGAGGCGGACAACGCCUCUCGCAGAUCACACUCUCCAUCAACAACCCAGGCCUCGGAGCCGUCGCAGGGUCCGGCCAGGCGCUCCGACUCUGACAACAACCCAAGCAAGCCCAACCUCGGGCCCAGCGCGUACAUCGACACCUACGUGGAAUAUCGCAAGAGGCUGUUCAUCAAGAUCUUUAUGGAGAAGGUUGACGAAUGGCUCGACGAGAACGUCUGUCCCCUUGAAGAGGCAUGCGACUACGAAGAGGGGUCUUCGAGCAGCUCCAAAUCUUCAGACAGUACGGGGAAGAAGAGCAGCGGCAACCGGAGCAAGCCUCUGGCCGGGAGCAAGAGGCAGCUGAGAGGGGACGAUCAAGAAGAAGACCGCCAGGGAGGCGAGGACGGAAGUCGCCAGGACCGCAACAAGAAGCGCGCAAAGACGGACGUCCACGAUGAUCGAAAGCGAUUCGCGUGCCCCUUUUACAAGUACGACCCCAAGAGAUACAAGCACCAUCGAAGCUGUUUUGGUCCGGGAUGGACCGAACUCCAUCGGUUGAAGGAGCAUCUCUUCCGUCACCAUCGCGUCUUCACGUGCAGCCGCUGCUUUGAGCAGUUCGGCGACGACGAGGGUCUCCAGAAGCACGUGAGGGCCAGGAAAGCCUGCGUUCUCCAGGACGAGAGCGCCCACGAGGCGGACCCGGGGGCUGGAAUGGACCGGGAGACGGAGAAGAAGAUCAGGUCCCGCAAGCCGGGCAAGCAGAGCAACGUCAGCAGGUGGUACGAGAUCUACAGCAUUCUCUUCCCGGACGAGGUCGACAUUGAGAGUAUUCCAAGCCCUUGGUACGACGACCCGGCCGGCUCGAACGGCAACAACACGCUUUCCGACUCGGACGACCUCAAGACGCAGUACCAGCAUUUCCUGCGGCGCCGGAUUCCGUCCAUGAUCCGCGAGGAGCUCGAGGCCGAGGUCGCCAAGUCGUUCAACGACGUCGGGUCGGCGAUGCAGAGCCGGCUGUCGACCUGGAUCCGCGACUCGGCGGCGCGGUGCGCCAAGAUCUUCGAGUACAUCCCGUCCCCGACCGAGGCGGCGGCCCAGGGCGACCCGGACGCGGCGGUGUCCAAGUCGCGCGAGGGCUCGCCGGUCUCGGGCCCCAUCGGCCUUGUCGGCGCCGGGUCUUUCGCGGACGGCGAGCCCGCGCUUGUCCCGUGGCCGUACGGCUUCCCUUCGCUGGCGGAUUUCGACCUCUCCUUCGAGAUGCCGGGGCAAGACUACCCGGCGUUCGAGCAGUGCAUGCACCCGACCCUGGACUCCGCUUACGAGUCUGGCAGCAUGGGCGGUUCCUCCCGGGCUUGGAGGGGAUAG